UUUGAGAAAUGCUGAUCUUGUUGAGCAGUGUCCUUGUGAAAUCUAUUAUUACUCCUGGAUGCAGCAGCUUGUGUAACUUGGACUGCUUCCCACAGAGAAGGAGUGUAAUUAGUAUGACCUCCACACGACAUGAAGGCACAGGCAGUGCUAUCUGUCAUCCUCAUCCUUGUACCACCUCUAAGUGGAUUUCACGUUAUAUUGCUUUUGUCUUCCUCAAAUCUUGAUAAUAUUGAGGAGAAGCAAAUUGCCAUUGGAGGACUUGGUGAAGAUGUAAUUCUCCCUUGCUUAUUUAAGAGUGCGCCUGAAGUAGUAGUUCAUUGGAAGAAUCAAGAGAGCUAUGUGCACUCAUACUACAAAGACCAUCUGGAAAGGCAAGAUCACAGAUACACAAACAGGACAUCCCUCUUUCAUAGAAAUGGAAAUGCCUCCUUAUCAUUUAGAAGAUUAAGCCUUCCGGAUGAAGGAAUUUACAUAUGCUAUGUGGGAACAGCAUCUAGAAACAUCAUAAACAAAGUGGUACUAAAGGUGGGAGCUUUCAUCACACCUGUGAUAAAGUAUGAAAAGAGGAACAGAGAUAGCUUCUUAAUAUGCAGUGUGUGAAGUGUUUAUCUUCAUCCACUUAUCACAUGGAAAAUGGACAAUACACCCACCUCUGAAAGCAAUAUGGAAGAAACGGAGUCUUUGGGUUUUUAUAUAAAUAGUAUGAUAAAUAUUACAGGAUCAAAUUUAUCUUAUGAAUGUGCUACUGAAAACUUAUUGCCGAAACAAACAUGGACUGGGGAUUGACAAUGAAAGAAAGGUAUUCUGUCUCUACUGAUGAGAGAGCCAACACUGCUAAUGACACAGAAGAAAACAAGGCCCUUUCAAAACACCCAGACAGUAUAGGAAAUGAAGCAGAACUGUGGUAACACAUGAUGAGCAUCCUUAAUAUCCAGUGACUUCACUUACUCUUUCUUUACUGUAAUUCCAGCUAUGGCUCAUCAUGGCCCAGUAAUUCUACCAUUGAAAAGACUUUCCAACUACCAUUGGAAAGACUGGCAAGACUUGUCUUUGACAAGAUUACAUUUACUCUUCAAGUCCUAACCAUCACUCACUGACUCCCUACCUGCAUCAAGAUUAUGAAUGCCUGGACGCCAAGGAUUCCAAUUCAAACUUAGAACUUUCCCAUUCAUUGACAUCCCUGCUGCAAUUAGCCACAGUGAGACUCACAUCAAGAUCUUGGAAGAAAUUAUCACUAAGUGUUGAUUCAAAAUCUGAUCAACUAAUGAUCUGAUCAACAUAGAAGCAGAAAUUACCUUAGUGAAAAGGUGAAAAACCAGGGCAAUUGAUAUGCUAAGGUAUUGUACUCCAGUUUUCUAUGAAUAGUUAAUAUCAGUUUAACCAACUGAAUUUAGUAUGAUGAGUCUUAGGGACUCCAAAGUCUAAAAAUGUCACUAUCUUCAAGAUUGCCGAGAGCAAAGGGCCCUAUCAACUCAAGAAUUGACAUCUCUGAGGCUGGGUUAUACCUUCCAACACCAGGUUUGCAUAGCCGAGUGACAUUAGCUAUGAAGAUAAUUUGAUUCACUCUUCUGGCUCAGUUGUCAUAUUGUUAAUCAGCCUUAUAAUAAAUGUAUAUUUCCACAUAAAUUUUUACACAAAGACAGAAUGGAUAGUGCAGUUGACUUGAUCGCUUCCUUUUAAUUUUAAUCAGUUUAUAAGAAAGAAAAAAUCUAAUCAGGAUUUUUGUUACUUAAUCAAGUUUUGACCCUAUAGUUUAUAGAAGAAAAUCAACCUCGAAUUGUAUGUUAAUGCUACCUGGUCCAAUUUUCUCUAAGUGUUUGCUCCAAUGUUAUGACAGGUAUUCAUCAUAAACUAUAAAGUAUUGACAUCAUUAUAAACAAAAA